CAUCGGGGCAUGAUGUUGCCAUUUGUGUUGCCUUAGAUGCUCGAGAAAACCUCAAUGCCAACAUAUCUCUCGGUGUUGCCUUAGAAACUCGAAAAUUUACUAAAAAAAGCGGGUGCAUAAAACCCGCCCCUUGUAUAUUUCAAUUCCCGCCCACUUAUUCUAAUUUCAGAAAAACAAAAAAUAAAACACAAAAACACUCACACUCAUCUCUCUUUCUCUAUUACACAAAAACACUCACACUCAUCUCUCUUUCUCUAUUACACGAAAACACUCACGCUCUCUCUUGGCGUCUCUCUCCGCUCAUCUCUCUCGGCGUCUCUCUCUGCUCGUCUCUCUCGGCGUCUCUCUCCGGGCUCAUCAGCUCGUCUUUCUCGACGUCUCUCUUCGACCAUCUCAACAUAGAGGAUGGCAUGUAAUGGUAUGAGUUUCCGGCUGCAUCACAAGGGGUAUUUCACCAAAGACAAGUAUGUUGGAGGGGAGGAAGUAAUUUACGAUGUCCAUGAUCUUGAUCUGUUUUCAUAUUCUGUACUGAUGGAGUGGGUGCUAGAGAUAGGCUAUAAAGAGAUUGGUGGGGUUUAUAUGAGAGCAGAGGAAAAAAAUAAGUGGGCAUUAUUGUGUAAUGAUGCGGAUAUAAAUGAGGUUAUUCUCACGACUGAUUCUUCUUCUUUGGACUUGUAUAUUGACUGUGAUGUUGAUAGCAGUGUCAAGCCGGUGAAGCAAAUGCAACCUCAUGUUAUUGUAAGGCCAAAAACAUGCCCUGUUAAGGCUAUGCAGAGGAUUCCUAAAAAGCGUCAAUUUGUGACUAUAAAGGAAAUCAAUCAGGAGAAGGAACGAAGGUUGAACAAGUCUCGGAAGGAAAAACAAAUAAGUUCUACUUCUGUAAUUCCAACAAAAAAGGCUGGUGAAGAUUUGAAGUCAACAGAGCGGGAAGAUGCAAUUUCAACAGAGCGGGAAGGUGGACUGAUGGGAUUGGAUGAAUAUAUGAAAAGAUUUGAGAUUCUUCCGGUACAUGAGGAUUUGGUGGAAGGAGCUGGGGAAGUCCAUGAAGGUGAAGUGAAUGAGUAUGAAAUGCGUCGAAUUAGAAACAUUGAGGAAAACGAGAAAAUUUUUGAGGAACUUGGUUUAAAGCGGAGGACUAGGAAUUCUGUCCAACUACUGAAUGAAGACAAACCCAAUAAUGUGUUGAGUGAUGAAGAUGGAAGUGAAUAUAUGUGCCCUGAAAAUGACCAAGAGCAACAGAGUGAUCAUGAAGAGGAUAUAGUUGCGUCAAAGGCAAAGAAAAAGGCCAAGAAAGUUGUGGUUCAAACUGAUGGGCCCAGAACUCGUUCCAGAGCAUCUAAAAUGCCUAAGCCAUGUGACAAGGAAGUGAAAAGAGUUGAGGUUCAGACUGAUCAUCAGGGAAAUGAUGAAUCAAAUAAUGUUCCUACUGUGGAGAAGCUCAAGCUGCUAAAAAGUAGUGCUCCUGGUUCAAUGGAGAAAUAUUUGGAGUUACGUGAGCAAGAAAAGCAGGCUGCGAUCCUGCAGUCCCAAUCCCAACCAGAAAAUCAAGAGUCCCAACCAGAAAGUGAUGCACCAACUGAAGUAGAGAAGAGAAAGAGAGGAAAAUCCAAACUAGGUCAUGUCCAUACGCGAGGUGAGAAGAAGGAGAUCAAGCUGUCGGAUCUAGGCCAACCUAUAUCAGAUGAUGACGAUCAUUUGCUAUCUGAGUUCAGCAAUUUCUUAGGAACAACGGUAAGGGAGUUUGUUUCUCUAACAUGUCGUAGUUGGAGUGAAGUCCUGAAAAAGACAUCCUAUGGCAGUAUGUGAAGGAUAAAUACAUCAUUCCUGAGGAGGGUUAUAAAUGGGUAAUGACAACGAUGCGUGAUCAGUUUAGGGCAUACAAGGCUUGCAUCAAGAGGGAACAUUAUAGUAAGUAUGGUACUGAUGAGGAGAGGCUCGAGAACA